ACGCUUGCUGCAAAUUUCAAGACAUCUUCAGUUUUAGAUAUGAUAGAAAAUAAUUAUAAAACGUUUUGCUCCGCAAAUGAAAUGAUGAUUGAAGCAAAUUUUGAUAUAAAGGCAAAAGUCAUUAAUAUUCUUAAAUCUGUUGGUUUUGAUGAUUUUCUAAAACCGUUCACAAUGUCUAGUGCUGCAAACAUCUUGACGAAACAGUUUAAAGAGCUAACAAGUAAUCCAGUACCUGGUUUCACGGUUGCCCUGCCUGACGACGGCAACGUGUUUGAAUGGGAUGUAGGCAUCAUAGGUGCUCCGGGUACGAUUUACGAAGGCGGUUAUUUCAAGGCUAAUCUCAAGUUUCCAAAUGACUAUCCGUAUAAUCCUCCAACCUUUAAAUUUAACAAUGAAUUCUUUCAUCCUAAUGUCUACCAAGAUGACCGUCUUUGUAUUUCUAUUCUUCAUCCACCUGGUGACGAUCCCACCAGCGGUGAGACAGCUGCG